CUAUGCUCUCUGCCGUCCUGACGUAAUUUCCUGGGUGUGGCUAGAUGCGUUCCUCCAGAGUUUUUCGGAGUAAAGAGAGGUCGCUUCCCGCAGUGAGAAGGGAAAGAAAUGUAUCAGUUAUGUGUGGCUGAAAGAAGACAGACUCAAAGUAACACACCCGGUAAGCCAUCAUGAUCCCCAUCACCGAGCUGCGGUACUUUGCCGACACCCAGCCGGCGUACCGCAUCUUGAAGCCGUGGUGGGACGUCUUCACGGACUACAUCUCCAUCGUCAUGCUGAUGAUCGCCGUGUUCGGGGGCACGCUCCAGGUCACGCAGGACAAGAUGAUCUGCCUGCCCUGCAAGUGGGUGGUGAACAUGACCUGCGGGCACCUGAACGUCAGCGCCGACCCCAGCCUCCCGGGCCCCCCCGAGCCCAAGGGAAUCCAGUACGACCUGGACCGCCACCAGUACAACUACGUGGACGCGGUGUGCUACGAGAACAAGCUGCACUGGUUCGCCAAGUACUUCCCCUACCUGGUGCUGCUGCACACGCUCAUCUUCCUGGCCUGCAGCAACUUCUGGUUCAAGUUCCCGCGCACCAGCUCGAAGCUGGAGCACUUCGUCUCCAUCUUGCUCAAGUGCUUCGACUCGCCGUGGACCACCAGGGCGCUGUCCGAGACGGUGGUGGAGGAGAGCGACUCCAAGCCGCAGCAGCAGCAGUCCAUCAAGGCCAACGGGGCUCGGGACCACAAGAGGAUGUCCAACGUCUCGGAGGACGUGGAGGCCAGCGUGCCCAUGCUGCAGCGGACCAAGUCGCGGCUGGAGCAGGGCAUCGUGGAGCGCUCGGAGACGGGCGUGCUGGACAAGAAAGAGGGCGAACAGGCCAAGGCGCUCUUUGAGAAGGUGAAGAAGUUCCGGGUGCACGUGGAGGAAGGUGACAUCGUCUACCGCCUCUACAUCCGGCAGACGCUCAUCAAGGUGGUCAAGUUCGCGCUCAUCAUCUGCUACACGGCCUACUACGUGCGCCACAUCGAGUUCAGCGUGUGGUGCUCCGUGGACCUGGAGCGUCUCACCGGCUACCGGCUCUACCUCUGCGCCCACCCGCUCGCCACUCUCUUCAAGAUCCUGGCUUGCUUCUACAUCAGCCUAGUGCUGGUCUAUGGGCUCAUCUGCGUCUACACGCUGUGCUGGAUGCUUCGGCACUCGCUCAAGCGCUACUCCUUCGAGUCCAUCCGCGAGGAGAGCAGCUACUCGGACAUCCCCGACGUCAAGAACGACUUCGCCUUCAUGCUGCACAUGAUCGACCAGUACGACCCGCUCUACUCCAAGCGCUUCGCCGUGUUCCUCUCCGAGGUCAGCGAGAACAAGCUCCGGCAGCUCAACCUCAACCUGGAGUGGACGCCGGAGAAGCUCCGCCAGCGCGCCACCAAAAACUCCCUGGACAAGCUGGAGCUGCACCUCUUCAUGCUCAGCGGCAUCCCGGACACGGUGUUCGACCUGCUGGAGCUGGAGGUGCUCAAGCUGGAGCUCAUCCCGGACAUCACCAUCCCGCCCACCAUCGCCCAGCUGGCCAACCUGAAGGAGCUCUGGCUCUACCACACGCCGGCCAAGAUCGAGGCGCCGGCGCUGGCCUUCCUGCGCGAGAACCUCAAGUCGCUCCACAUCAAGUUCACCGACAUCAAGGAGAUCCCGCUGUGGAUCUACAGCCUGAAGAACCUGAGCGAGCUCCACCUGACAGGGAACCUGAGCGCCGAGAACAACCGCUACAUCGUCAUCGACGGCCUGCGCGAGCUGAAGAGGCUGAAGGUGCUGAGGCUGAAGAGCAACCUCACCAAGCUGCCCCAGGUGGUCACGGACGUGGGCGUGCACCUCCAGAGGCUCUCCGUCAACAACGAGGGCACCAAGCUGAUGGUGCUCAACAGCCUGAAGAAGAUGGUCAACCUGACGGAGCUGGAGCUGGUGCGCUGCGACCUGGAGCGCAUCCCGCACUCCAUCUUCAGCCUCCACAACCUGCAGGAGAUCGACCUGAAGGACAACAACCUAAAGACCAUCGAAGAGAUCAUCAGCUUCCAGCACCUGCACCGGCUCACCUGCCUUAAGCUGUGGUACAACCAGAUCGCCUACAUACCUAUCCAGAUUGGCACGCUCACCAACCUGGAGCGCCUCUACCUGAACCGCAACAAGAUUGAGAAGAUCCCCAGCCAGCUGUUCUUCUGUCGCAAGCUGCGCUACCUGGACCUCAGCCACAACAACCUGACCAGCAUCCACCCGGACAUCGGCUUCCUGCAGAACCUACAGCACCUGGCCGUCACCGCCAACAGGAUUGAGGUUCUGCCGCCGGAGCUGUUCCAGUGCCGCAAGCUGCGCACGCUCAACCUGGGCAACAACUGCCUGACCACGCUGCCGUCGCGCUUCGGCGAGCUGACCAGCCUGACGCAGCUGGAGCUGCGGGGCAACCGGCUGGAGGGCCUGCCCGUCGAGCUGUCCGAGUGCCGCCUGCUCAAGCGCUCGGGCCUGGUGGUGGAGGAGGACCUCUUCAACACACUGCCACCUGAGGUCAAGGAGCAGCUGUGGCGCGCCGACAAGGAGCAGGCGUGAGGAGGCGGGGGAGCGAGGGAGGAAACGGGGUCGAGGGGGGGAGUAACAAGGGGAGAAAGAGACUCUUGGAGCGAUGGGUGGAUUUGACCACGGUCCACUGUCUGUUUUUAUGUUUUGUUUUGGAUUCUUUUUUUUUAAGUAUGUUUUCUUUGUUUGUUUCUUUGUUUCUAAAGAUUUUUUUAAUAUAUGGGGAGUGGGCAACAAGCUGAUGGUUAAAGGUAAAAUUGAAAGAAAUGGGUGCAUAUACAGGGAUGGACAGAUGAGUGAGUGACUAAUCGAGAAAGAGGCACCUUUUGUAUACGAAAUGUAACUCCAAUGUAAUGUAUUGAGCAAUGUGUGUUAGGACACAUACUCGAAUGUGUAUGUGUAUGUGUGUGUGUGUGUAAUCACACCUCCGUGCCUCAAGGUGGCAGUGCAGGAAUGCUAGACCCUUACAAACUCUCACACAACAGGAUGAGUAUGUGGGGGUGAGCACAUGUGUGCUUUUGAGAGCUCGGGUGAAGACAUGUUCGGCUUUGGGGAAAGUUAAAGCAUUGAAUGAAACAAAGACACUUAACAGCUCUACAACAGUAACUUAUGACAUCACACACCUUCAGUCAACACUGUGUUGAUAAACCAUAAAAUCUGCUACUUAUACAUACACACACACACACACACUAGCGUGCCUAUGUACGUGGACUUAAUCUGUCUUUGGAGUGGAGGAGUACUUCACUUCUGCAAGUAUAGAGAAUGAACGGUCCUACUGCUAAAGGGAAUUGGAGACAGGCCAGCCAGCUCAUGACUCCUGUACUAAUGGCCUUAAUGUCAUAUGCUGGAAUAUGGCUGCUUUUAAAAAAACACAAAAAACUUAUAUCUUUCUAAUUUUAUGUUGUUUUUUUGUUUUCAAAAUAUGCAAAUGUAUGUUUUAACAUUCAUGUCAGACAUAACACUUUUUUUGUUGUAGUUUUUUUUGUAUUAGCCGUUUAUAUGGUUUCUUAUAUUGUAAUUAUUUUAAUGUUUUAACUAAAGAGAAUUGGCAGAGAUGUUGUCAUGCCCAGCCACAGAGACAGAAUGUCAAACACACACAUAUACACACACGCACACACUGCUCAGUAAGCCAAUGAAACACUCGUUUAAUACA